UGGGUUUCCAGUUCAAAUGAUGAAGAAUCUACCUUGCAGUUGAUGAAAAGUAGUUUGAUCGAUCCGUUGAAGAAGCUCGGAGAUUGGAAAACGGCGAGUGACGUCGGUGGAACCGGAUUGGCUCAUUGUAACUGGACUGGAGUUUGGUGCAACUCCAGAGGCUUUGUUGAGAAACUUGAUCUUUCCAAUAUGAAUCUCAGUGGCAUUGUGUCGGAUCAUAUUCGAGGUUUGCGCGGUCUCUCGGUCCUCAACCUUUGCAACAACAGUUUCGAUACAUGGUUGCCGGAGUCAUUCGCCAAUCUCACUUCACUGACGAGCCUCGAUGUGAGUCAGAACUUCAUUGGCGGCUUUCCUACAGGUCUUGGGAUGGCUUCAGGAUUGAAUUAUGUCAAUGCGUCAAGCAACAAUUUCUCCGGGUUUCUUCCCGACGAUCUCGGCAAUGCGACUUCACUCGAAACCUUGGACUUCAGAGGGAGCUUCUUGGAGGGCACGAUACCUACAUCUUUUAAGAAUCUGCAGAAACUGAAGUUUCUUGGCCUUUCAGGCAACAAUUUUACAGGAAAGCUUCCGAGAGAUCUCGGAAAACUUUCGGCCUUGGAAACGAUCAUUCUCGGUUACAAUUCGUUCGUAGGAGAAAUACCGGGAGAAUUCGGAAACCUCACCAAUCUUAAGUAUCUUGAUCUGGCUGUUGGCACUCUCAGUGGUCAAAUUCCACCAUCAUUGGGUAUGCUUAAACAGCUAACCACAGUUUUUUUGUAUAAAAAUAAUUUCACAGGAAGGAUACCACCAGAGCUUGGAAAUGUUACUUCAAUGGUGUUCUUGGAUCUUUCGGAUAACCAGAUUUCAGGAGAGAUACCUGUAGAGCUAGCUGAGUUGAAGAAUCUGCAGCUGUUGAAUUUGAUGCGAAAUCAUUUGAAUGGUUCAGUACCUGCUAAGCUUGGGGAAUUGACCAAACUACAGGCACUUGAGCUAUGGAAAAAUUCAUUGACAGGUUCUUUGCCGAUGAAUCUCGGUCAAAACUCGCCUUUACAGUGGUUAGAUGUGUCAUCAAAUUCAUUAUCAGGUGUGAUUCCUCCAGGUUUAUGUGAUUCAGGUAACCUCACCAAACUUAUCCUCUUCAACAACUCGUUUUCGGGUCCAAUCCCUGUAGGUCUCUCGACAUGUAUGUCACUAGUUCGUGUUCGAGUGCAGAACAAUCUGAUUUCCGCCAUUCCGAUAGGUUUCGGAAAUCUCCCUGUACUUCAGCGUCUGGAAUUGGCAAAAAACAAUCUUACAGGCCAAAUUCCAGUCGAUGUAGCUUUGUCAACAUCUCUUUCUUUCAUUGAUGUUUCUUGGAACCACCUUGAAUCAACCCUUCCUUCCCACAUUUUUUCCAUGCCUAAUCUACAAACAUUCAUCGUCUCCCACAACGACUUAUCAGGGAAAAUUCCUGAUCAGUUUCAAGACCUCCCAUUAAUGUCUGUUCUCGAUCUUUCGAGCAACCGUUUCUCUGGAGAAAUUCCAGAGAAUAUAGCUUCUUGUGAAAAGCUGGUAAGUCUAAACCUCAGAAACAAUCAGUUCACUGAAGAAAUCCCAAAAGCACUUGCAACAAUGCCUACAUUAGCCAUGCUUGACUUGUCCAAAAAUUCCUUAGUCGGCUCGAUACCUGCGAAUUUCGGCACCUCACCGGCCCUUGAAAUGCUGAACCUGUCGUACAAUAAGCUUGAAGGUCUGCUCCCAUCUAAUGGAUUGUUUAUGACCAUAAAUCCUGAGGACCUUGCAGGCAAUGCUGGUCUUUGUGGCGGCAUACUCCCACCGUGCUCUUCUUCGAGUCCAAUGAAAGCAGCAGAGAAGCCAAGGAAAAUGCACAUCAAACAUGUUGCUGCCGGAUUUAUCGUCGGAACAGUGGUAAUAUUAUCUCUUGGCAUACUAUUUUUUGCCGGACGAUGGGCAUAUCGAAGAUGGUACUUGUAUAACAGCUUCUUCGGUGACUUCUUCAAAACAAGUAACAAAGAAUGGCCUUGGAGACUAGUUGCAUUUCAACGUUUAAGUUUUACAAGUAAUGACAUACUCGCCUGCAUAAAGGAAUCAAACAUCAUCGGCAUGGGAGGAACUGGCAUCGUUUACAAGGCUGAAAUCCAUCGUCCUCGAGCAGUAGUUGCAGUUAAGAAGCUAUGGAGAUCGGAGACCGACAUUGAAAGCAGCGACGACCUAUUUGGCGAAGUGAGUCUCCUCGGAAGACUCCGGCACCGAAACAUUGUAAGAUUAUUGGGGUAUGUUCACAAUGAAGCCAAUGUAUUGAUGGUAUAUGAGUACAUGCCGAAGGGAAAUCUUGGGACAGCUCUGCAUGGUAAACAAGGAGGGAAGCUGUUGGUGGACUGGGUUUCAAGGUAUAACAUAGCAGUUGGUGUUGCACAAGGGCUGAAUUACCUACACCAUGACUGCCAUCCCCCUGUCAUUCACCGAGAUAUCAAGUCGAACAACAUUCUUCUAGAUUCGAAUCUCGAGGCAAGAAUUGCAGAUUUCGGGCUAGCAAGGAUGAUGGUUCAUAAGAACGAAACCGUUUCAAUGGUAGCAGGAUCAUAUGGAUACAUUGCUCCUGAAUAUGGGUACACUCUGAAGGUUGACGAAAAGAUCGACAUAUAUAGUUUCGGUGUCGUUCUGUUAGAGCUUUUAUCGGGGAAAACACCAUUAGAUCCUUCUUUUGGAGAAUCGGUCGAUAUAGUCGGGUGGACUAGAACGAAAAUUAAGAAAAACCGAGGGCUGGAAGAAGUACUAGAUCCGACCAUAGCCGGCCAAUGCAAGCAUGUCCAAGAAGAGAUGCAACUGGUCCUAAGGAUUGCACUUCUUUGUACUGCAAAGCUCCCCAAGGACAGACCCUCCAUGAGAGACAUCAUUACAAUGCUCGGUGAGGCAAAGCCAAGGAGGAAAAGUGUAUGUGAAAAUGGGGGUCACCAUUUUAGCAAAGAGGGUCCAAUCUUUAGCAACUCACCUGUUAUAGGGCUUCUGUAAUUUUUUUUCUUCUUCUUUUCAGGCUAAUAUUGUCCAUUAAUUUCUUUUUUAUGUACAAAGUUUCUUGAAAAGCCGGCUCUAUUGCAGGCUCAGUUGCAA